GUGUCUGAGAUCAGCAGCGUUAACGUUACAUGACUCUUCCCUUGGCACUAAAGUAAAGGAUAUGUACUUCCGGUAGAAUCAGCAUCUCGUUUAACAGUAGUUUACAUAUUUUUAGCGCUAUUUCAAACGUGUUUUGUGGCAGAAGUGUUUGUAUCGCGUCAACGUCCACAGGAGGAGGGUCUCUGGUCUGCGGUGGGAAGAGCCACGAACUGGAAGAGUCGGUCAAGGGCGAAAUAAAACCGGUCCUGCGGCAUUGUAGGACACUCAGUCCAGAACUCGUUUACCUCUAGCCGGACAUUGUUGUCCCGUUGUUUAUCGGCAUUGUGUGACUUUAUAAUUUGUCCUCGAUCCUAGGCAAAGGUUGACACUUCCGCUUCACGGGAGAUAAACAACGCUCGGCAAGAAAGACAAGAAUCUCGGCCUAAUCGUAAUCAUGUUGCUGCGUAAAGUUACUCAAAGUCCUGCGAUCUGCAACUCUGUCCUCCGUCUACAACCAGCGAUUACAGGAGCGCAACGCCAAACUGGAGCUAUUGUGGCAGUGCAAAAUGCACGUUUUUACGCGAGCCAGGCCGCAGAGGCUGUUCUGGACAAGAAUGUAGUUGGCAGUGACGCCACCAUGACAGCUGAGAAGGUUGAUAAGGCGGCCAAUGUGGAGUCAAAGUCCUUUGCUGUGAACAUUUUCAAAGGGCAAAUCGGCACUUCUCAGGUGUUCCCCUUUCCGUCAGUGCUCAAUGAAGAGCAGUCACAGUUUCUCAAGGAGUUGGUUGGGCCAUGCAGUAAGUUUUUUGAGGAAGUGAAUGACCCCAUGAAGAAUGAUGCUCUGGAGAAAGUGGAGGAGCGCACAAUGGAAGGCCUAAAGGAGAUGGGAGCUUUUGGUCUUCAGGUGCCUGCAGAUCUUGGUGGCGUUGGCCUCACCAACACACAGUACGCCAGGCUGGUGGAGAUUGUCGGGAUGCAUGAUCUGGGUGUGGGCAUCACUCUUGGUGCCCAUCAGUCCAUUGGCUUCAAAGGCAUCCUGCUUUUUGGUAACCCCCAGCAGAAAGAGAAGUACCUUCCGAAGCUGGCCACUGGAGAGCACGUUGCUGCAUUCUGUCUUACUGAACCAGCAAGUGGUUCUGAUGCAGCCUCCAUUAAAACCAGUGCAGUUCGUUCCCCCUGCGGCCAGUACUACACCAUGAAUGGAAGCAAGAUCUGGAUCAGUAAUGGAGGGAUUGCUGAGAUCUUCACUGUGUUUGCAAAGACUCCCAUGAAGGAUGAAAAGACCGGAGAGAUGAAGGACAAAAUUACAGCAUUUAUUGUGGAGAGGAGCUUCGGAGGAGUCACACAUGGUCCUCCUGAGAAAAAGAUGGGCAUUAAAGCAUCCAACACAGCAGAAGUGUAUUUUGAGAACGUGCGUGUCCCUGCGGAGUGUGUGCUGGGAGAGGUUGGAGGUGGAUUCAAAGUGGCCAUGAACAUCCUCAACAAUGGCCGCUUCGGCAUGGCCGCUGCCCUCUCUGGCACCAUGAAGGGUGUCAUCGCCAAAGCGGUUGACCAUGCUGCUAACCGGACUCAGUUUGGCAACAAGAUUCACAACUAUGGUGCCAUUCAGGAAAAGAUGGCCAGAAUGGCAAUGCUUCAGUAUGUGACAGAGUCCAUGGCUUACAUGGUUAGUGGGAACAUGGACAGCGGAGCCACAGAGUUCCAGAUUGAAGCGGCCAUUAGUAAAAUCUUUGCUUCUGAAGCAGCUUGGUUGGUGACAGAUGAAUGCAUUCAAGUUAUGGGUGGAAUGGGAUUCAUGAAGGAUGCUGGUGUGGAAAGGGUAUUGAGGGACCUGCGAAUCUUCAGAAUCUUUGAGGGUACCAAUGACAUCCUGCGACUGUUCGUAGCGCUCAACGGCUUCCAGAAUGCAGGCAAUCAGCUGAAGAGCUUGCAGAAAGCUCUGAAGAACCCUCUUGGUAAUGCUGGGGUGUUGGUGAGUGAAAUCACCAAGCGAGCCAAGAGGAAGGCAGGCUUGGGGACAGGACUAACAUUGCAAGGAACGGUCCAUCCAGAGCUUAACCACAGUGGAGAAUUGACUGUUAAAGCCAUUGAGCAAUUUGGAGCUGUUAUUGAAGAGCUUCUUCUGAAACAUGGAAAGAGAAUCAUUGAUGAACAAUUUGUUCUGAAGCGAGUUGCAGACUGUGCCAUUGAUCUGUACGCCAUGGUCGUGGUCUUGUCCAGAGCGUCCAGGUCUCUCAGCCAAGGCCACCCUUCUGCUCAGCAUGAGAAGAUGCUGUGUGAAACCUGGUGUACUGAGGCCCAUGAGAGAGUCAUGCAGGACAUCAAGUUCCUCGGGUCAGGGACGUCCAAGCAGAUCUUCAAGAACUUGCGUGCCAUUUCUGCUGCUGUGGUAGAAAACGGAGGAGUGGUAUCUCCUCAUCCUCUGGGCUUUUAAAGCUCUGCUCUUCCUUUACCCAGACUGUUCAAUGCUGCAAUCCUUUAUGAGUGGAGUCUGUCACAUUGUGUACUUCGACCACAGGAGUGCUUUAAUAUUUCAUAAUAAAGUAUGUAAAUUAAUAAAUAGGACGUGUAAAUUUAGGUGUACAUUGAAGAAUUGGAUUUGUGUUUGUUUAUAAAAAAAUGUUGAUUAAUAUUAACCAGUAAUGAAAACUAAUCUGCUUGGAAGAGCACUUUAGACUUGUCAUCAAACCUCAGCCCAAUAUCCGGUCCAGCUGCUAGCAUUUUGCAAAUGUUUUCAAUUUGUCAUUGUUGGUCAACAUUUUUAUUUAGCGGUUUUACAUAUUGAACCUAAACUUUAGCUGUUCCCAUGGUUUUAAUGUGAAAUGUCUUGUCCAGAGUUACCCAAAAGUUUGUUCUCAUAACUAAAAUAGAAACUCUUUUGAGUUACAUAUCAUGAA